AUGAAACGCACAGGUGGUGGACCAAAACCUCCUAGCCCGGACCCAGAGACUUUGGAAAUAGUGAGCAUGAUUCCACAAGAAUUUGAAACAGAUAGGAAUAUCUUUGAUAGUGAUGGCAUUGGUAUGAGUCCAAAGGGCAAAGAGUUUACAAAAGAAAGAAAUCAUGUCCUUCUUAGUUGUAUUAGAGAGGAACAUGAGCUCAAGAUGAAAAAUAUUAUGGAAAUCCAUAGAUUUGCAACGGAGGAGCAUAAUUUAAGAAUUCAAAUUCAAAACAGAAAUCAAAAUUUAUUAAAUGAAGAAAGUCAGCUUCGAAUGCAGAAGCUAAAAUUGGAGAUAGCACUAUUGAAAAGUACAAACAAUUUAUAA